AUGUCAGACCCAUCAUCCAAGCCAACUUCCAUUCCCUCGUGGCAACGGUCAGGGUCUGCGCCAGACCAGGCACCCUUGUCCUCGUCGCCGAGCUCCGAUAAUGCGCCCGCAUCCACUUCACGUCAAGACCUGGUCGAGUCAGCGUCCAGAUUCCUCGAGGACGAAUCAAUCCGUGAUGCUCCAACAGAUCGCAAGGUCUCUUUUCUCGAAUCUAAAGGGUUGAACUCAGACGAGAUUCAACAGCUUCUCGGCGUCUCCCGAAACCCAGAGGCGACCAGCAGCACCGUGACUGCAGCCGAGGAUCAGGGUUCAGAAGCACCACCAGCCUCAUCUUCCUCCGACCAGCCCGAAGUCACUUCUUCUACACUUUCCACUCCUGUCACUUCGUCAUCGACCUCCAACACCAUGUCUCAACCGCGCUCCACGACCACCGCAACCGCCCCCUCCGCACCACGCGAUCAGCCUCCGAUCAUCACCUACCCCGAAUUCCUCUUCGAGCCUGCCAAACAGCCCCCGCUGGUAACAAUGAGCAAUAUCCUAUACACAAUCUACGGCGCCGCAGGUCUCGGCGCCACCAUAUACGGCGCGAGCGAGUAUUUGAUUAAACCAAUGAUUGCAAACCUCACCAGCGCACGACACGAUCUCGCUGUCACAGCGCAAGAGAACUUGAAAACGUUGAACGAGAAGCUCGAAGCAAGUGUCUCUGUCAUUCCCGCCCAGUUAACCGCACGCAAGAUCGCAUCUGAUGAGGAAGAUAUGUCCAAUGAAGACGGAGACUCGGUCACCUCCGAUCCUACAGAACUCUUCCACCGAGACAUGGGAACCCAGACAACACCAGACAUUACUCCAUCACCCGCUCUAGAGGCAAAGGAUGAGAACAGUCCGCUGGAUGCGCCGGUCGAAGCCGUGAACAACCACAUAAGCCGCUUGGCCUCGAUUCAAUCUCAGCUCAAAGAGAUCACCGAGUUUGAGAAAGAUGCGAGUAACGUCGACGAUAUGGCGCGUGCCACUUUGUCUGAUCUUCACCACUAUCUUGACGGAUUGAUCUAUGCUGCGCCUACAUACUCUUCCUCCACGCCCAACUUUGGUCUGUACACUGGCAAUGUGAGCUCGGACAGCAGAUCGACUGGUGUACGUAAGGCAGAGGAUGACGCUAUUGCCAGCUUCAAGGCGGAUAUUCGUGGUGUCAAGGGUGCUUUGCUGAGUGCCCGGAACUUCCCUGCGAGCCGAGGUGGCAGACUUGCUGGCGUCCGGUGA